AUGGCGCCCAGAGACUACGCCGCGGAGAAAGAGAAGGUGAAGCGCUUCUUCCAGGAAUUCUGCCGGGAUGGCGAGCUCGGCAAGAAGGAUUUCCCGUAUCGGGACCAGCUGGUGUCUCUGGCUCACCGGGAGCAGGUGGCCCUGUACGUUGACCUGGACGAGGUGGCCGAGGAGGACCCCGAGCUGGUGGACGCCGUGUGCGAGAACGCCAAGCGCUACGUCCGCCUCUUCGCCGACGCUGUGCACGAGCUGCUGCCCCAGCACAAGGAGCGGGAGGUGGUGCACAAGGACGUCCUAGAUGUGUACAUCGAGCACCGGCUGAUGCUGGAGCAGCGCGGCCGGGACACGGGGGAGACGCACAGCCCCCAGAACCAGUACCCCCCGGAGCUGCUGCGUCGCUUCGAGCUGUACUUCAAGGCCCCGUCGGGCUCCAAGGCCCGGGUGAUCCGGCACGUGAAGGCCGACUGCAUCGGGAAGCUGGUCACCGUCCGCGGCAUCGUCACCCGUGUCACCGAGGUCAAGCCCAUGAUGGUGGUGGCGACCUACAGCUGUGACCAGUGUGGAGCGGAGACCUACCAGCCGAUCCAGUCCCCGACUUUCAUGCCGCUGAUCAUGUGCCCGAGCCAGGAGUGCCAGACCAACCGCUCCGGGGGGCGUCUCUACCUGCAGAGUCGCGGCUCCAAGUUCAUCAAGUUCCAGGAGCUGAAGAUGCAGGAGCAUAGCGACCAGGUGCCGGUAGGGCACCUCCCGCGCUCCAUCAGUGUGGCUGUGCAUGGCGAGAACACGCGGCUGGCCCAGCCUGGGGACCACGUCAGCAUCACCGGCGUCUUCCUGCCCCUGCUGAGAGCUGGCUUUCGGCAGAUGGCUCAGGGGCUGAUCUCCGAGACCUACCUGGAGGCGCAUCGCAUCGUGAAGAUGAACAAGAGCGAGGAGGACGAGCUGGGGUCAGGGGAGCUGACGGAGGACGAGCUGCGCCAGAUCACAGAUCGUUUAUGA